AUGGAGGGGUUCAACGCCGAGAUGGAGGCCAAGCGCGACCGAGACCGCGCGGGGCGCCAGGUCACGGGCAGCAUGGAAAUCGUUACGGCCUACGAGAACCUGGGCGCCGGUCGUACCCCCUUCGACGGUUAUCAACGCACGACGAUAGAUACCCGCAUCCUGGGCAUACUGCGCGAAGGAGAAGCGGUUGGUCACGCCACCCGGGGCCAGCAGGUUGAAAUCGUCCUUGCGGAGACCUGCUUCUACGCCGAGGGCGGCGGGCAGGUGGGCGAUCACGGGGUGAUCACCGGGCCCAAUGGCCACGUCCGAAUCGAAGACACCCAGAGCCCCGUUGCCGGGCUGAUCGUACAUCGUGGUGUGGUGUCCGACGGCGAUAAUCGCGCUGGGCGAGGCGGUGAGCGCACGGGUUGA